CGUAAAGUGGAACAGAGAUAUUUGGAGCAAUUGGCAUCAGUGGUGUUGGAGGCAAAAUUUAUGAAUUUUAUUCUUUAUUGUAUUACACUGCAGUUUAUGUGCCAGAUUGCAUACAGAUGAUACAUUUUUAACAAUCUCUUUGAUGUAGACAUAAAUAUGACCAAUUAUUUUAUUAAUGGCAUAUAUUCAUUGUUCAAUUCCGUUUCCAACUCCGUUUCCAAGUUAUGGCAGAAGGAAGCUACAAAACGCCGAAGGUGUGGUGGCUUCCAGAUACUAUGAGUAAAUCAUAUAAUUCCCUUUUGAGAAUCACACAAGUUAGGCUUAACAUUAAUUUCACUUUAAAGAAGGGUGCUCCUGUAGACAACAAAUAUGACAAAGAGAUCAAUGCGUUUGAAAGAAGCAUCUCUUUUUUGGAACAAAUACAAUGGAGACAGUUUUGAUGAGGAUGAAGAAGAAGACUUACUAAAUGGGUGUCAAACUCUGAGUAAACGACCGAAGUGGAUGACUGCUCCGUAUCCUUCAAGCCUAAAUAUGGCGUCUGCUGAUGCGCAGUUGCCUCAUUCGUCUACAGGAAAUAGAUCUCCAGCCUUAACAGUGAAAGUGCCUAUCAAGAAACCUUUUCAUCGAAGAUUAAAGCCAGAGGUUAAAGAAAAUGGAGCUGAUGUGGAGAUCGUUGACUUGAGUAAUAGUGGCUCCACUUCACCCACUGAGACCAGACCACCUCUGACAAAUCUGUCAGUGAGGACCAAGACUAAACAGCAGCAGUUUUCUGAUGUCACCUACCCUGGGUCCUCCAGUCGUCCCACCCAUGUCCACGAGAGGAGGCAGAACGGUGUACACCCGAGCAUGAUGAACACGUUCACAAGCUCGAUGAGGAUGAACAAGUCCACUGUGUCUGCAGUGCCCAAACAGACAGCUUUACAUGAGAUUUUCAAAAUCGACGAGAAACUCAAAUAUUCACAGUUGUUGGCGGAUUACCAUAAAUCAUCAACCAACUUUAAAACGUCAAGCACAAUUAGUGAAACACCCCAGCAGAGGAAGGUCUGGACGCAAUCGUUGUCAAACACAACACCGAAAUCCGUAUCCAGCCCGAGGCUGGUUGAGACAAUCGAUCUCACCGGCGAAGAGAAGAAACGCACACGUAUCAAGGUCAAACCUUAUCAGUCCACUGUUAUUAGCAGCGAUGAGGAUGAAGUGAAAAUACUCGAGGAGAUGCCGAUCACACGGGUGAACUCUCUCGAGAAGAAACUGUCACAGAACUGCUUAGUCAGCCCCCAGUGGAUCAUAGAGAUGCAACAGAAGUACAGUGAGAAAGAGAGAGAAAGCCUGAGGCAGGUCGAGGAGGAGAAACUCAAGAAGGAGUUGUACGCAAAACACAACCAAUCCCGACGUUUGGAGGCCUUGGAUGCGAGGAUAAGGAAUCACCUUAAGAUUACCGACAUAGUCUUGGAUGACACAGAGGACGAACAAGCACUUGUGGAGUUAACUCCAGAGAUGAAUGAGAAGAUCAAAGCGGCCUUGAGGCCAAACCCUCCGAGCGAGGUACUGGUGGAAGGGUUCGGCCAGAGAUUAACCCGUAACGAUAUUCAGACUCUGAACAGACUGAACUGGCUCAACGAUGAGGUAAUUCAUCAUUAUAUUAGGCUAAAACGAUAUCGACAAUAAGAAUUGUACAAUUAU